AUGCCCCAAACUACCUUGAUCAUCUUCAGCGCCCUUGCCGGCUUGUCUGCCGCCGCGAAGUCUCUGACCGACGUCUGCACUGUCGAGAAUGUGCAGGCAGCUUUGCCCGCAAACAACACUCUCCUUGGCAUUGAGCCCAUUAUCUCGUCUGUGACUGCAAAUGCCGUCGUCAACGCCACCGCCGGCGGUAGUUUCAUGAUGCGAAGAAGCACCACCAGCGAAACACUCACCUACUGCAACGUCACUGUGACUUACACCCACACUGGCAAGGAUGACAGAGUUGUCGUGCAGUAUGCCUUCCCUCAACCAUCCGACUUCCAGAAGCGCUUCUAUGUCGCAGGUGGAUUUGGCUACUCGCUCCCAAGCAGCACUACUGGUGGCCUCACCUACGGUGCCAUCGGUGCCAUCACGGAUGCUGGUUACGACGCCUUCAGCACCACUUACGAUGAAGUCAACCUUAAGGGCAAUGGCUCAAUCAACUGGGAUGCUACCUACAUGUUUGCCUACCAGGGCAUCGGCGAAAUGACAUCUCUGGGCAAGGCAAUGGCCAAUCCUUUCUACGGAAACAACAACGGCACCAAAGUUUACACCUAUUUCGAAGGCUGCUCCGAUGGUGGUCGUCAAGGUAUGAGCCAAGUUCAGCGCUGGGGAGAGGAGUACGACGGUGUUGUCGCCGGCGCUCCUGCUAUGCGCUAUGGUCAGCAACAAGUCGGUCAUCUCACCUCCGUCGCUGUUGAGCACACUUUGGAUCACUAUCCUCCUCCUUGCUCCAUGGCCAAAAUCGUCAAUGCUACAAUCGCGGCUUGUGACCCUCUUGAUGGAAGAACUGACGGUGUCAUCUCCCGUACCGACCUCUGCAAGCUUCACUUCGACUUGGACACUCUCGUAGGCGAGUCUUACUACUGCGCCGCUACAACCAGUUCCUCCCUUGGUUUCGGCUUCGGAAAGAGAGACGGCAUUGCUGGCAGCUCUACUAGCUCAACCCCUGCUCAGAACGGAACCAUCACCGCUCAGGAUAUCGCUGUUGUCAAGGGUAUCUACAACGGUCUUCACAACCUCAAGGGCGACCGUGCCUACAUCUCCUGGCAGCACGGCUCAUCUCUCUCAUCGGAUGCUGAUCCCACCUGGAACAAUGAGACUUCUUCCUGGGAGCUCAACAUCCCUUCCACUGGCGGCGAAUUCGUCACCAAGAUGGUUGAAUUGAUCGAUGAAGAUAACCUCACCACCCUCGAUGGCGUUACGUACGACACUCUAGUUGACUGGAUGCAGACUGCCAUGGUCCGCUACCUCGAUUCUCUUCAGACCACCCUUCCAGAUCUUACUCCUUUCCAGGAGUCCGGUGGUAAACUCCUUCACUACCACGGAGAGUCUGAUCCUUCCGUCCCUCCUGCUUCGUCUGUCCACUACUGGCAAUCUGUCCGCUCAAUCAUGUACCCCGAAUCUUCCUACUCUCACGAACAAUCUCUCCAGGCUCUCGAGGAUUGGUACCAAUUCUAUCUCGUCCCCGGUGCCGCUCACUGCGCCUCCAACUCUCUCCAACCCGAUGGUCCUUUCCCUGAGGACAACAUGAACACCAUGAUCGAUUGGGUUGAGAAUGGAAUCAAGCCCACUGGACUUAAUGCGACCGUCUCUGCUGGUCAGUACUCUGGCGAAGUCCAGAAACUUUGCCAAUGGCCUACCAGACCUGUCUGGAAGAACGAUGCCUGGAAGUGUGUCAAUGACCAAGCUUCGAUUGAUAGCUGGACUUAUACUUUCCCUGCUUUCAAGGUCCCUGUUUAUUAG